UGUCGCAGGAUCAGGAGCAUGAAGCUUGAAUAAAAGGGUUCGCUGAAAUGUUACAGCGGAUCUGAGAGAAGGUGAACGUGUGCCGAAAUAAGGUUGGUCAUUAAAAUAGACGUAUUCUUCGUACACCUACACAUAGCUUACUAGGACUGCUCGAACUCACUUUCGUAUUUUGUUUCCUAAGACUAAAUAUCAGAGGAAAGGCUCAGGGUCGUGCCUCAACAUUGAUGACUCAAUUACCAGAAAAUAGACGUAUUCUUCGUACACCUACACAUAGCUUACUAGACUGCUCGAACUCACUUUCGUAUUUUCCUAAGACUAAAUAUCAGAGGAAAGGCUCAGGGUCGUGCCUCAACAUUGAUGACUCAAUUACCAGACAGAAAUAUCUCGUAGAAGUGCUCUAGACUAGAAUUUAUCACUCAAAAAGAAGAGACUAAGACUAUGCGACUCAUUUAUUCCUGAAGAUCUCGUAACACAAGCUGCUUACACGAGAUACCCCCGAAUUCCUCAUGUUACACACCCGAAGUUCCAGCAGCCCACAAAACCCAUUUCAUUUUCUAGUUCACUUUAUGCGGAGAAAGAUAAACUCAUGUUGGAUAUUUAUUUUGAUAGAUCAUUUGAUAGUGCUCGAAUGAAAGAUAAUGACAGUUGUUACGUGCACUGCACAUCAUUUUUUAUAUAAGCAGCGAAAAGUUUCCGAAGUGGUACACAACACGACGGGAAACGAUCUGCGCACACAUGAAGACACCUUGAGUACUAACCUCAGUCACGACAAGAUAGAUUUAGAUAUACAUCGAUCAGGAACUUAUAUAUGAGAUACGAGUGGAAACAGCGUAAAAUUGGAAAUUGCUACAUAGUCCUGGUGCAUUCCUAGCUGAAACAGUUUUUGAUUCGAUGAGUACAGCACAUCAUAGCGGGACGCAUACCAAAUGCAACAGUUUUUAUGGGGUACCCUGUACAGCGAAUACGAUGACGGGCGAGAAAGUCAAUGUGGUAUUUACUCGAAAUUAACGAUUCUAAUACAGUUCGUUGCUCUUGAGUUUAUCGGCACGUAAUGAAUCCAAGAUAUAAAGUUUCAGCAUUACUGUAUCAACUCAACACGACAAAUAUUUUAAACGGUACCGCACUCUCUCGCUCUUGACGAUUAAACCGCACUAGACUCUGUGACUUACUACUCUACUUCUAACACUCCUAAUAAUCGUUCGUGCUCUAUUAACGCAAGUUUCGUUUGAAUGAUUUGUCACAAUUCCACUAACAUGUUAAUGCGCCCAUCUGGUAUUUUCCUCAGAAGUUUAAGGUAUAGUUGUAGCUAACAAAGGUAUUAAGUUUAUCCUUCCUGGUGCAUGCAAAGAAAGAGAAACUCCAAGAGGACGGCCGCUCGGGGUCGUUCAGAGGUUUUCUACUUCAUCACGCUUCUUCAAUCGUGAAUGACAUUCAGUGAAGAAGAAGAGGACAAUGGAUGCUCUAUUUCAUGCUAUCUAUCAGCACCGAUUCUUCGUGAUGGGUCGAACUCAAAUUCAGCAUUGAGAGGUACACGUUCAGAUAAGCAUGGAUGAUUUAAUGUCAAAGUACCACGUUAACAAAUUUUUGAAAAAUUCUAAAUAAAUUUUUCAACAUUGAAAUAAAGCAUGGAUGUAGGAACGUCAGUCACGCUUCUCGAGUGAACUAAUAUCGUGGCACGCUGACUGAUAUUAAGCGGUGAUGUGACGGCAGUGCUUUCGUGUGCGCGGAACUGACGACAAGUGGUGAAAGAACACUACGAUGGGAGGCUUGGCUUUUGCGCUUCAAAGUUAAUAUAUAAAUAUCUAUCUGAUACUUUGCUUAUCGAUGAGUCAAUCAAGGAAAACUAUUAUCUUCGUGAUUUUUGUAAGAGACAGACGGGCUUACUUAAUUAUGCUUGCUCUGUUAUAUUUACACGGAGGGAAGUGCCUGUCUGACCUGGUAGGCUAACGAGGAGUCUGAUGUAACUAAGACUGGUUUUUUACUUGUAUUGAUUGAUUCUGCAUUAUGACACAAAGGCACUGGCUAAGCAGCGUGAUAAAAGAGCAGAAGGAGGGAGGUCAACGGUGUCCACAGACCUCCUUGAAGCAGGUGGCGGACUCUGUCGUAGUUUUGCAAGAGAGCAUCUCUAUUGCGCGAAGCAACGCAUUGGCACUGAUGCAUGCCUCAAGCAAAAUAAAAGUGAAUGGAUGACAUGGAAUGAAUCAGUUGCCUUUCUUAAAAAUUCAAAGCUUUGGCGCGUCGAUACAUACCGAAGAGAUGUCUUGAUCUGUUUGAUAGGUAUUUUUAGAACUAAGACAGAG